ACAUAAGGCGCUGCUGCGUGAGCUAUUGACGUGUUUGGAGCAGGAGACGGCCUGGCUGCUUGGGUAGCUGCGGUGAGAGGCUUCGGUUAGUGGCUGGAGCCGUCUGUCCUCGGGGGAACCCGAACCCUGGCUGCGGUCAGGCCGGUGAUGGGUGCAAACGUGUACGCCUGAUAUGCCGGCCCCUUCCCAUUCCAGAGCAAAUCAGGAGCCCUGAAGACAGCAGCUAUUGGGGGAGUAGUACCAAGGAAUAAUAAUUUGAGAGCUGCCUGGCUGCAGUAAGAAGAUUAAGAUGCCUAUUGUUACGAAGAGACUUAGAGACCCUGAUGUAAAUCCUUGUUUGUCGGAAUCAGAUGCUUCUACCAGAUGUAUGGAUGAAAAUAAUUAUGACAGGGAAAUGUGUACCACUUGCUUCUUGAAGUACAAAAACUGCAGGAAAUUUUGGAAUGCCAUUAUGAUGGAAAGACGACGAAAUGGAGUUAAACCACCUAUGCCCACAGCUGCAGAAAGAGAAAAAAUCUUGGGAGCAAUGGGGAAGAUGCCAUAUUAAAGGCUUAUAUGCAAUAAUAUUUCUUUGACUUGAUAUUUUGGAGCAGACCUUUUAAAAUAUAUUUAAUGCAUUUUGAUUUUUAUACUAAAGUUAUUUCCAAACAAUUCAUCUUCUCUCCAUCUUCUCCUGUCCACCAGCUCCUCCAUAGUGCCUUCCCUUAACUAUUCUUUCAUUUUGACUAACACAGAACUGGCACAGCUGCAGCUUAGAACAGAGGAUGUAGUAUUUUGUACCCAGAGUUAAGGGUAAAUACUCUUAACCAUUUCUAGUUCUGGCAAAUAUGUCAGAUUGAAAAUAACUUAGUUAAUGUUUCAAGGGAUAAUUCCAUUAUUACUAAUGGUAUACUAUGUAGUUAUACAUGUUUUUAUAAAUGUAAUAUCUUGCAUUUAUAUAGUGUUUUGUAUUCAUCAUUUUGAUCCUCUCAAUCUCUUUGAGGUUGGUACCAUGAGUAUUAAAUGUUCUGUUUUACAGAUUAAGAAACUAAAGCUAAGAAGUGGAAACUUGUUGGGGAUCAUUUAUGUAAUAAGGGAUUCUAACCUUGAUCAUUUGAUGUUCAAUCUGCUCUCCCAUGCUGCAUCUGAAAGCAAUCUCAGAAUCUGAGUUGGAAAGAGACCUCACAGACUGCCUAGCUGAAUUUGGAAUUCAACAAGAAUCACUUCAACAAAGACAUUUCAUUUUGUCUUAUUAUUAAGAAGAUAAUCCAGAUAACAUGGCACCACAGUCUCUCCAGUAUGACAAUUGCUAUUAGCUUUUCUGUUCUGAUGCAUUUUUUCAAAGUCACAUUGAAAGAAGUUUGGUACACAGCCACUUACACGUUUAUAUACUGUUGGCAUUGUAGGCAGGAUGGAGAAGUUAACGGCUUCCCUCAGCCAGUCCCAUCCCCAUCAGCUAACUCAGUUUAACACAUCCUUUUCCCACCUCCAAUCAUCCCCAUUAGCCUUUGUUAAAGAAAAUUAUUAAACAAGGGUCCAGGAGAGGAAACAGUUUAGUUGGUGAAGUUACAUGACUGAUGAAUUCCACCCAGCACUUCUUCCACUAACUUAUUGAGUGAUACUGAGUAAAUGAUUUUGAAUCUGGACCUAUUUUUUUUUUCCUUUUCCUUUCUCCCCCCCCCCCCAACCCCUUGCCAUUUUACAGAUGUGGGAAAAGAGGGUGUCAGAUGAUUUAAGACCCUAAGGGUUUGAAACAUUGCUUUGGAAUUAACCAGAGACUAGGCAUCAAACCUGCCUCCAAAAUGUAAUUGUUGAGGGGAAUAAGCAUUUUUAUAGCACCUAGUAUGUACAAGGCACUGCGACAUCAUUAUUUAAUCCUUACAACAAUUCAGUGAAAUGUGUGCUAUUCCCCAUUUCAUAGCUGAGAAAACUGAAGUAAACAAAGGUUAAGUGACUUCCCCAAAAUCUUGCAGCUAGUAAGUGUCAGAGACUGGAUUUGAACUUGGUCUUGACUCUAGGCUCAUCUUCUACUCAAUGUCACAUAUCUGCUUCUAAAGAGUUUAGUUAUGCUAUGGUGUAAAUCUGCUAUGGUUCCUUAAAUGUAAUUAGGUGACAGUGUCUUAUGUACCUUUUGUCUCGUGUACUAUGGAAGUAGGAUCAUAGAUCUAGAUAGAACUUCAAGGAGCUUCAGAGGCCGUGUAGUCCAACCUCCUCAUCUUAUAGAUGGAGAAAUUGAAGCCUAGAGAGAUUAAGCGAUGCAUCCAAAGUCACAGAUUACGUCAGAGACAGGAUUGAAACCCAGGCUUUCUGACUCUAGCCGUUAACUUUUUCUAGUGUGCCAUACCACCUCAUUCCAAGGCAGUGCUAAUGUAGCUCCAUGCCCAUAGCUGCUUCACAAAUUCAGCUCCUGCUGAUAAAUCUUUCCUGCUCUACAGCAGUAUUUCAGUAGGACUAAGGAGGUAAUUAGAUGACUAGUGCCCUGUGAUUUCCAAGUCACUAGGAAAUUUACCUUAAGCUGUGAUCUAGUGGAAGUCUGGCAAAGUUUUGGUAAUGCUUCUUAGUAUCUAACGUUGAGGUAAGUGGUAAAUAUAAACUAAUUGGAACUACAAAGCUGCCUUUGAUUUACCAUCCCAUCUGAAUAAGGCAAAAAAAAAAACUUGCCUAGCUAGUCCUAUUUUGUACAUUUGUACUUCAUUUACUGUAUGAGCCAAGUUACACUUAGCUCCUGUUUCUAGGCUAUGUAUGUACUGAACUAAGUUCUACAAGGACAGUGACUGUCUUGAGUGAAUGAAUGAAAGGUAAUUUCUAGAACCCUUGAUGAGAUUACAGGCUCACUAUAACAUUUAGAUAGUACUUUAAGGUUUACAAAGGGCUUUUCUCACAAUGAAACUGAGGUAGGUAAUGCAAGUACCAGUUUUAUGGAUGAAGAAACAGCUAUUAAGGCUACUACAACAUGCAUAGUAUAAGUCUAUCUUGCAUUAGAUAGCACUCAUUUUUUCUCCUGAAUUUGAACCUAUCAAGCUUAGCCAACCUUGUAAGGGUGGGCUAUAUUUCAACCAUGAAUAAACAACCAUGAUGGUGUGUUUGGGGGGCUGGGGUUGGGCUGGGGAGGAAAUUCAAGAGUGAACUUAGAACUGGUUUCAUCAAAUGUUUGUUUCACUCCAGUAAAUGUGUACUUUGUGAUUUUUCUAAAACUAAAAAUGCAUUUUCAACAGAAAUAUUUCCUAGUGAUGAAUGGAACUCUGCCAAAAUUCAGACCAUCUUACAUGGCAUAAGUUAAAAAAAAAACAAAGAAGACUAUUAAUAAUUUCUGUAAUAUAGUGUAAUCAUGUUAUUUUGAUCUAAGCAAUUCAAAGCUCCCUAUUAUACUUGAAUAAAGAUGCAUUGUUGCAGAAAU